AACAACAUGGCGGUUUCAAUCAGGUGUUCGUGUAGAUAAUAUUUACUUUUUGCAUAAAAGAGACAAUAACGUACCGGUUCAUGAUCAUUUUAAGGACGUGAAUUGACAAUGGUUUUGUACCAAAAUAUCAACGUUGGACAGAGGGUAGAGGUUAAGCUGGGUAACCUCGUGUUCCGAGGAGUGGUCAAGUACAAGGGGUCGGUGGUCAACAGACAAGGUGACUGGGUAGGCGUAGCACUGGAGAGGGCAGUGGGGGAAAAUGAUGGUAUGAUAUUGGGGAGAAGAUACUUCCAGUGCCCCCUAAAUCACGGGACAUUUGUUAGAGCCAGCAACAUAAGAUUCAUCCCUAUGAUCAGAUGUUUAUAUAACAGAUACCAUAGAGUUUCCGAGAAAUCUUACGUUGAGGAACCACUUUUCAGUUCAACGGUUCCCAAGGCUGACCCCGCGGUCAUCUCUGGUCAAUAUCAGGACAAGGCGAGAAACAGCUUCGCUUUUGACGAUUCUUUGUUCAGCGCAAAGCGGUUUCCACUGCGACAUUCGGUCGGGAACCACAUACCUGCUGCAACGAUGAAGCGCGCCAAAACUGCAAUGGCGUCAUUUCGUUAUUUAAGCAGUCCUAUUCACAGUGAAUAUGACAUUCAAGAAGACUUUAUAGCCACGCCCACUAUCCCUAAGACACACAUGCCAUACUCCGCCCUCAAAAGACAGGUGGGGCGGGGCUGGGAGGGUACUCAUUAUGUCCGCGAAAUGAGCGUGGGGACCGGAAGGGAUUCAAUAAAAUUUUCGGCAUGGAACGAUAUCUCACCUUAAGGAUAUCCAGCAACAUUUUCUUAGUAUUGUUACCGAGGCUUUGGUUCCUCAGAAUGAUUAAAACUGCUCAAACUACGUAUACAAAUUCAGGAGUUUAAUGUUGUACAA